AUGAGUUCCGAUGGACGGUGGAGAUUCAAUCUCCGGGCAGCAUUCUCCAUCAUCUUCCUCAGCUUUCUUCCUCUGAACAUCAAAAGCCAAGAGAUCACAGAAGUCUUUGAUUCUUCCCAAGAUCACUUAUUGAUCCAUUCCGGAGCUUAUCUGAACCGUCGCAGCCUGGCUGAGACACCUCUUCCAGGCACAGGUCCUGCCGUGGGUGCCUCCCCGCCAUCUCCUGAUCAACCGUCUCAGCCACCAGAGGCUCAAACACCACCACGAGGAGACGAACGCCCGAGCCCUCCUUCUCAAGGCGAGCCAAUACAAACCCCGACCCCACCCCUUGUCACUUCCCUUCCUCUGCCUCUGCCUCAGCCUCAGCCACAACCUCAGCCUCAGCCUCAGCCUCCGCCUCCGCCUCCGCCUCCGCCUCCUCCUCCUCCUUCAGGAACUAAAAAGAAAUCUCCCAAGGUUUACAUGAUCGUCGGCAUAGUUGUUGGCGUAUUCACAGUCUCGGUGGCAUUAAUCAUCUUCUUUCUUAUCCUCAGCCGAAAGAUUCCAAUCAAGCCUUGGACCAGCAGUGCAGGUGUUCGGAGGCUGCAGCUAUCAGAGCUACAAGCAGCCUGUGAAGAUUUCAGUAACAUCAUUGGCUCUUUCUCAGACGGCACUAUUUACAAAGGGACUUUGUCCACUGGUGCUGAAAUCGCCGUUGUGUCAGUCGCGACUGGUUCUCGUGCAGACUGGUCCACCGCUAUGGAAACACAGUUGCUACAAAAGGUUCGUAACUUGUCAAAAGUGGAUCACAAGAACUUUUUGAAUGUGAUUGGGUAUUGCCAUUCGGACGAGCCCUUUAACCGAAAGCUUGUUUUCGAAUACGCUCCCAAUGGAUCCCUCUUCGAGUAUCUGCACUCUCAACACGCGGAGCACUUGGACUGGCCUACCAGACUCAGAAUCGCCAUGGGAAUAGCUUACUGUAUAGAACACAUGCACAAUCUCAACCCACCCAUCUUGCACACCAAUUUGGACUCCUCUUCCGUCUACUUGGCCGAAGACUAUGCCGCCAAAGUCUCUGACUUUUCUGUCCUCAACUACAUCUCCCCCUCUAAGGAAUGCUCCUCGAGCAAGAACCUUUUAGAAAACUCACUGCUUGAUCCCCAGACCAACGUCUUAAACUUUGGCGCCCUUGUGUUCGAAAUCAUCAGUGGGAAGUUCCCUGACACGGAUUCUUUGUUUCUCGAACCCAAGCCCGCGAGAGAUCUUGUGGACCCAACCCUCAAAACGUUUCAGGAGGAUACUGUUGAGAGACUGUUAGAGGUGGUCAGGCAGUGUAUGAAUCCAUACACAGCUCAAAGGCCAACAAUGAGAGAGGUUGUUGUGAAGCUGAGAGAGAUCACCGGCAUAGCAGCCGACGCAGCAAUGCCGAGGCUAUCUCGACGGUGGUGGACGGAGCUGGAGAUCAUCACCACAGAAGGAAACUAA